GGGUUACUGUGUAUGCAGCGAGUCGCAUCCGCACACUAUGACUUACGGCGAUGUUAGCGGGACGGAGUGCCCCUGACGCCUCGAAUUAUACCUGCAUCAACCGUGUUUGCUGUUCGUGGCCAUUAGAGUGCUGGAGUUGAGUGAGAGUCUGUUGGACCACGGAUGCAAGCCAGCAGCAUGGCGCCGCCUCAACGCUUCCCGCUGAACGCGAUGGAUAACAUCAUGCCUCGCUUCUUCCCCAGCUUGAUCUUCACCUUCCGUCUGCAACCCGGCGUAACGCACGACCAAGCGCUGGACCUGCUCCAGGCGUCGCUCCGCGCCGCAGCCGAUGAACUCCCGCUCCUCCGGCGCCGCGCCUUCGCUAUCCCGCCUACAGAAGACAACCCCGUCGCCGGACGCCUCGAAGCCCGCGAACACCUGGACUGGACCCCCGAGGUGCUGCACCACGACCUCCGCGCCUCCUGGCCGGACUACGACGAGCUGAUCGACGAGGCUCUCCCGCAGGAUCUCCUCGACGGCGCCCAGCUCCUGCCGCCGGGGCGAGCGCACUUCGACCUCGACAGCUCCGAGGGCGUGCCUUUACUGCUGGCGCAAGCCAACGAUGUGGUCGGCGGCCUGCUGCUCGGUGUGUCGAUCUUCCACCCGCUGGCCGACGGCAUGAGCGGCGUGCUCUUCCUGCGCAUGUGGGCUAAGCACAUGCGCCUGCUGCAGGAGGGCGAGGCAAUUAGCGCCACCGCACCGCUGCUCGAGAUCCCGCCCGAUGCCUGCGACUACGAGCUGCUGGUCAAGGCCUGGCAGAAGGCGGGCGCGCCCGUGGCUGAAGGGACCGAGGCCGACUGGCGCGUGCUCGGCUUGCUCCCGCCCGGGUCGGAACCGCUGGCCCCGAGAGUGCUCCCGCCGCCGAUGCGGACGAGUAUUUUUUAUGUGUCGGCGGCUGCGUUUGGGAAGUUGACUUCUGUGGCGGCGGAGGCAAAUAAUAGUCACGGUGAGGGUCAAGGAAGUGGGGGAGAGGGGAAGGAGCAGGGAAUGGCGACGGCAACGGCGAACGAUGCCCUGAUGGCGCUGCUCUGGCGGUGCAUCAUGCGGGCUCGUCGAGCUGCCGCGCCCGAGGAUCCGGCAUACAGCAGGCCCGGGGCGGUCGCGGAGCUGGACACGACGCUGAACGGGCGCAUCCUGUUUGGCGACACGCUGCCGUGGCAGUACAUGGGCACGCUGGUGUACAUUGUAACGACGCGACUGCCCGUGGCCGAGCUGGUGGCACCCGAGACGCCGCUCGUGGCCGUGGUCCGAGCCGUCCGGCAGGCGGUGGCGAGCAUCACCCGCGAGCGCGCUCUGAGUGUGUUUGGGCUGGCGGCCACGCGGCUGCCGGGGUACACGGCCGAUACCCUGCGGUGGCCGUUCGCCACGUUUGACGGUGCCGAGGCGUGCUUCAGCAGCUGGUUGUCGCUGCCGGCCAUGGACAUGAGCUUUGGAGGCAAGCUGUUUGCCAACCGUGGUAUCCCCGAUUACAUCCGGCCGGAGCGCCGGCUGCUGGACCUGGUCUGCCGGAACUGCAAUAUUCUGCCAAUGCGCAUGGAAGGUGGCGCAGAGGUGUUGGUGUCGCUGACGGUGGACGAGAUGGCCUUGCUUGAACAGGACCCUGAGUUUGCUCAAUUUGCCCAGCUGUUAUGU